AUGUCGAACAUCCACCGCCUAGUCCAGUCUUUGGCACGAUCAUCAGCAUGGCGAUCCGAAGCCUUGACAAGCCGGACGACCAAGCUUGCAUCGCCGCCAGCUCUACCGUGGUCCGGUAGAGUCGCACCUGCAGCCAAGCGUUGGGCCUCCCACCAUGCUCGUCCAGCUUCUAUUGGUAGCUCAGCCGACCGCGCUUAUCGAUCUGGAGUCAUUGCCUUUCGAGCAACCCUUGGCGCGACCGCCUUGGCUGCCCUCGCUUUUUCCAUCACUGACCCACUUCAUCUUGACGCGCAAGCUGCUUCGCACGCUAAAGAGAUCGCCAGGGCGCACGAGCAGGAUGUCCAGCGCGAAGACGAGAGCCAUCGCCCAUAUCGCCCGCUUCGUUCACAGCCAGUUUCCAUGCUGCUGACCAACUAUGCCGUUUUUACGCUCUGCUCUUUCGGAUCUCUCGCAAAGGUGGGGCCCUCCCUCAUCGAGUGGUCUUCCAACACGUCGCUGCCUUUCGUCUGGGCCGUCACCGAGUACAUCAUUCGUCGCACUUUCUUCCGUCAAUUCAUCAGCGAUGAUACGGCCGAAGGCUCGCUGCCGCUGCUCUCGUCGCUCUCGCGAGACAAUCUAGGUGCCAUGCUCAACUUCUCGGUCGAAGUCAACCACGAUGGCAAGCCUGCCAAAGCUUCCGACGCAGACAAAACUCCCAAGUCUGCCGUUCACCGACCCUUCGUCGACGAGCUCUUGCACAGUAUCGACGUUUCGGCCAAGCUCGCCUCUCUACCCGCUUGUCACGGUGCUGCUGAUAACGACCAAGCUGCCGAGCUAGCCGCUCGACCUGACCGAUCCGGAAGCACCUUUGUCGCCAUCAAGCUGUCCGGUCUGCUCUACGAUUCGUCAGUGCUCGAGCGCGCCUCGGCUGCCAUCGUGCCCAGGGAGUGGUUUAGCUCGCCUCCCGAGCCCUUGCCCCCGCUUAGCAUCAACGGCAAGGGUCCUUGCGGUGGACUCGCCAUACCCGUCGCCGCGCUACCACCCAAGGAUGUUGAAGCACUUAAGCAACUCUGGGAAGCACUACGUGAGAUCGCCGAGCGCGCCAAGCAGCACGGUAGUGUGCGCCUCGCGAUCGACGCUGAAUACAGCUGGUACCAGCCAGCCAUCGAUGCCAUGUACGAAGCCAUUGCUGCCGAGUACAACCGACCUGCCAAAGCAUCCAGCGAUACUCCUCAAGGCAGUGUCACCGGACCCUUGGUCUACAACACAUUCCAGGCUUACCUUCGCCGAACGCCUUCGCACCUCGCAGCAUCAUUUGAACGCGCCAGGCUCAACGGAUACACGCUCGGUGUCAAGCUCGUUCGCGGCGCGUAUGUCGACAUUGAAAAUCGCAUCUGGUCCGACAAGAUUGUCGAUGCGCCUCCUGUGCCCGGCAAGGGUGCAGACGCUGCUGCUUAUCAGGGAUGGGGAAGCCCCGUAUGGCCCAACAAAGAUCUGACUGAUCGAUGCUACGAUGGCUGCGCCAUCCGCCUCGUUCAGGAAAUCCACGAGGAUCUAGUUCGCGGCGCCAAAAGGGGCUUGCUACCGAGCCUCGCCGUUGUUUUUGCCAGUCACAACACUCAGUCAUCACUCAAAGUGAUCCGCGAAAUGGUUCGACUAGGUAUGGCCAAGCCUGUGCCAGCGCUGCUGCAGGCAACCAAGGAUGCUCAUCCGGGCAAGGAUCUGGGCGAAUUGCUUGAGCGCGUUCCGCUCAUCGACCUGCAGCUGCAAGAGUCAGUGCGUGGACGCAUUUUUUUCGCCCAGCUCUACGGUAUGGCUUCGGUGCUUACCGCCCGUAUUCAGGCUGCCUUUGACGCCAACUCGGGCGGUGUAGGCCCGCACAUGGUGCUCAAGUACAUUCCCUAUGGACCUCUCGAGCUGACGCUGCCCUAUCUGAUUCGCCGUGCUCUUGAAAACGGCGAUAUCAUGACCGGUGGUGCUGCGGCCGAGAAGACGCUCGUCCGUGACGAGCUGAUGCACCGCAUCGGUCUGCGUCGCUAA